GACAGCAAUGCAUAAAACGUUUGACGUUUCUGACAGAGAGAAAAAAGUAUUUUUGAAACAAAAAUGAUUUGUUUAUUGUGUUUUGAAUCGAACAAUGAUUCGAUCAGUGUUACGAGCCAUGAAGGCAAAAAACAUCGAAUAUCGGCUUUGCUAUUCAAAUACUUUCGUUUCUGUUUCGACGAAGAACCUGCCAAUGGAUACCUGUGCCGAGUAUGUUGGCAGAAGGUGGUUCUAUUUCAUGAAUUUUACAUGCGAAUUCAAUCUAUUUAUGAGCAGAGCAGUACAAAUCGAAUUCCCAGAACGAUAGUGGACGUCAAAGAGGAAAAAAUUGAAGAUGUUGGCUGUGAGCAAGUGGACGAAAUCGUCGAUAGUGAGUCGUCAUUCAAAUGCGAACCAGCGUUUUCGUAUGACAGUGAUGAAGAUAUAACACAAACCAAUGAAAUAUUCCUUAACGAAUCACCUUGUGAUGGGCAAACGUCAGAGACGAAAGUGAAAGCAACAUUAAAAUCAACAAAUCAACGACAGUCACGCAAAAAAUCGAAAAAGUCUUCCAAGAAACGUAGUGCGCACACUAAACGACCAACUCGUCCACCCAUUUUCAAAUGCACAAUCAGACUCUGUGCAGACGAAUUUCCAACAAAGGACGACCUAAUCGCCCACAAAAUCAACACUCACAAACGCAUCCAGUGCACCCAUUGUCCCGAUUUGAAGCUGGUGCUCGAUCUGAACACCCAUCUCAAGAACAUGCACGGCAUCAUACAGACAACGAUAUGCGAACAUUGUGGCCAGGAAUUUCACAGCAAUGCUACGUUCCUGAGCCAUGUCAAAGGGGUGCAUGAAGUGCACGAACCGCUGCAAUGCGACAUCUGUAAAGAUUGGUUCAAGAGCAGAGACAGUAUUCGAUCGCACAUGACGUACGUGCACAUUCAAGGGCCGCAGGCUUGCCAGAUUUGUGGAAAGGUGUCGACGAAUCGGAAAUCGUUGUUGAAGCAUCAGAAAAUUCACAUCGAGUCGAGGAAGGAUCGUUUCAAGUGCAUCGUGUGCGGAAAGGGCUUUCGGGACAAUACAAAACUUAAGGAACAUUCCUACAUACACAGUGGCGUUACCGAUGCGUAUUCAUGUAACUUUUGCGGUAAAAAUUUCCGUUUUGGUUCAUCGUUAUCGGCUCACCGCAUGAAAGUCCAUCCCGUCGAAAUGGCAGGCGUUAAAUAUCGGUUGCAAUGGAAGAAAAACGUUGAAUUAAAAAUGUAAAAUUAGUUUUAUUUCCAAAAUACACAGAGAAGAUGAGUUUCAUCAAGA